GCGAAAGUUGGCUUGUACCCGCGCCUAAUUUGCAGAGGAAUUACGUCACGACGCAAUCUCCCCCUGUAUAAAACGCCUCUUCAGCAAGACGGUUGUCUAUUGUUCUAGCAACACCAGCGUGGACCUGCAUUUCGGAGCUGAACUCAACCCUGCAACAUUGAACACUACAACCAUGUCGGAUCAAAAACCCGACAUCAGUGAAGUCACCUCGUUUGACAAGACCAAGUUGAAGAAGACCGAAACCUCAGAAAAGAAUACAUUGCCGACCAAAGAGACUAUAGAGCAGGAGAAGGCCUCUUAAAGCCGAUGCAUAGAGUGCAUCUCGGAAGAUCUUUUGUUCCGUGGAGCGUGUACCAUCCGAACACACCCAUGGAUACAAGGGCAAUCGCCACGCCGAGCCAGUUCACAAGAAGUUCGCUACAUCGCUUCACGGUCUUCGUGGUCUCUAAAGGCUUCCGAGUUGUACAAAUGCUUGAGUGCACAAACUAAUAAAGCUAUGAAUGCAA